AGCACCACGCACGCUAACACGCAAUCAAUUCGCUAAUCGCACCUCCCCACGCGCUGCUUAAAUAGCACCACGUCACAGUCCCGAGUCACUCUUUUCCCUCAGCUCCAGCCGGCCAGCUCGAUCGAAGGUCGGAGCUCGUUGAGGAAGCCGCCAUGGGCCUCUGCUGCAGCAAGAAGAAGCCGCCGGCCACGCCGGCCGGUGGCGCCAAGAAGCCCGCAAACAUCGCCGACGACAAGGCCAAGAAGACGGUGCAUCAGCCCAAGAGGGCGGCCAAGCCGGCGGCCAAGCCGGCGGGGGAACCGGACGCGGCAGGCAAGACCGCGGUGCUCGUCGUGAGGACCAAGGACGCUGCGGCGGGAGGGGAGGAGAGGAAGAAGCGGCCGGGAUCGCAGGAGCCGGCAGCGGGCGAGAAGCCGCUGCCCGUGGUGGUGGUGCCCUCGGCGCCGGUGCGCACGUCGAGCUGCACCAAGGAGGAGGUGGACGCGAUCCUCAUCCAGUGCGGCCGCCUCAGCAGGAGCUCGUCGGGGGCCGGGAGGGCGGCGUCGAGCGACGCGGCGGCCGGACACCGCAGGAGGCGCUCGGGGUCCAAGCGCAGCUACGACUUCGACCAGGACGCGAGGUCCGGCGGUGGCGCGGACGAGGAUUGGGAGAGGCAGGGGGCGGCGGCUGCGGUGUUGAGGCCGUCGCCGCACCGCGGCUCGCCGCAGCGGAAGCGGUCGGGGAGCCGGGAGAGGAGCGGCGGCGGCGGCGGGAGCGGGAGCCGGAGGGCCAGCCGGUCGCCGGGGCGGCGCACGGAUGGCGCCGCGGCCUCUGCGGUGACGGCGGACUCAUCCGGCGGCGGGGAGCGCGCGAGGCAGCAGCCCGGGAAGAUGGUGUCCGUUCCCGCGAGGGAGAAGGGGCGCGCGCCGUCGCCCGCGGCAGCGUCAGGGAAGAGGUGCGCGUCUCCGAGGUCGAGCUCUCCCGCGAGGAUAGUGCCGGCGAAUGAGAAUGCUGGCUGCGGGCCGGCGGCGGGGCCGACGCCAGCGCUGAGCCGGAGCUCGUCCAGAAAGGCGGAGCAGUCCCCGUACAGGCGCAACCCCAUGGCCGAGCUCGACGAGAACUCGCUCCGUAACAACAGCAGCCACAGUGCCAAGUCGCAGAAGAAAUCCAUUGAGAACACCGUCGCCGCCACGCCCAAGAAGAAAGCCAUGGAGCGCGGGAAGGAGUCGACGGUUGCAGCAAGCUGCCGUUCUGUGAUGGAGAAGCCGGAGAUCGCAGAGGACGGAGCCACCAUUGCUGCCGCGACAGAGACGAGAGCGCCCUCGUCCAAGACGAGCGCGACGCGCACGGCGAGCCUCGUGGCCGCCGAUAGCCUGAGCCAGAGGCCCGUGGUGGGGCAGCCAAGCAGCAGCAGGUCGCGGCGGGCGUCGCGCGACUUCGACAACCAGAACUCCGGGUCGUACACCAGCCAGCUCCUCGAGGACAUCCAGAGCUACCACCAGCAAUCCACCUCUGUUGCUGCUGUCCCCACUACGCCGUCCUUCUCGCUCCCGGCGUGCGUCGCCAAGGCGUGCUCCAUCGUCGAGGCCGUGGCCGACCUCAACUCCUCCUCGUCGGAGAACCGCACCUACGACUACGAGCCCGGCCUCUCCGCCGACGACAAGGGCUCCGCCAACGCGCCGCUGGGUAGCGCCGCGCGCAAGCCCGUGCAGCCGGUGCGGGACUUCCGCGCGGAGGCCGAGCCUCAGGAGUCGGCCGGGAGCAACAGCGUCUCCGGCCACCCGUGGACGCCGUCCUGGGAGCCAACCUCGGCGGAGUCCACGGACCGGACGUGGAGCACCGGCGACGAGGUUGUCGAGCAGUCCGGCAGCCACGGAGGGCGCGGCAGCCCGCUGAACAGGCCCCGGCAGAGCAAGCAGCGGCCGUCGCAGCCCGAGACCAGCGGCCGGGGGUCACGCGCCGGCUCCGGCAACGGCGGCAGCACCUUGCACCGUGGACGCAGCGCACAUCGCGGCGGCGGCGGCGGCGGCGGCAGCAACGUGGCGAGCGGCCGGUCAGGUGUUCGAGUCGUCUCGGCGGCCUCGUAGUGGAUGAGGCUUGCUUGUUAGAUCAGGCAUGUUGCUGCGUCGUUGCAGCAUGGUGAAUUGUGUUCUAUCCAGGUGCUGGUAGUCAGUGGCAAGAUGGAUUGCUGCUUCACAAAUGUGUUCGUGUUUCUUUACUAGCGAUACAUUGUUCAGAUGUGAUCAUGGUGUGACAUUGGCAAUGUAUACUCUGUUAUGGCUGCAAGCCUGCCCCCAAAACCUCUUGCGCACCGUUUCAUGAACGUUGACUUUUACAAGCA